AUGACUGGUUUGAAGAGAAUGGCUCUCUCAGCUGCUGGGCAUGACACAAGAGGACUCAUGUCAAAAGGAUCUCACUGCCUGUCUUCUACAGUUCCUGAUUAUAUUCAGAGGAUAAUGUGGAAGGACCCUGCGGCAGGUGAAAAACAUGGCUCUGAAGUUAACUCCAGCUGGUUUUCAAACACGGAGCUUUCCUAUGUGAAUCAAGGAGAAGCCACCCUGCAUGGGGCUUUAGGGAUUCUGCAGCAGCAAGAUGGCUGGCAGACAGAAACCUACCAGGGAAAAGGAGAGUUGGUGCUGAGUACAGUUCUUCCCAGGCUCGGCAAAGUCUUCCGAAUGGAGACAGUGCUGGACGUUCCAGUGGACCAGCUAUACUAUGAACUGUUUGAGAAGCUGGAGCAAAUGCCUGAGUGGAAUCCUACCCUUAGUCAAGUCAAGAUCCUCCAAAGAAUUGGGAAGGACACCCUGUUGACUCAUGAGAUCACUGCUCAGCAUCCUGGGAACCUCAUUGGUCAAAGGGACUUUGUCAGCGUACGGCACUGCUGGAAGAAGGAGACAACUGUGUAUCUGGUUGGCACUGCAACCCACUCCGAGUUCAUGCCCAUGCAAAAGGGGCAAGUCAGGGCCGAGUCUGGGUUGAGCUGCAUUGUUCUGCAACCGCUGGAGGGUGACCAACGUCAGACUCGCUUCACCUGGCUCCUGUGCAUGGACCUCAAGGGAUGGAUCCCCAAGUCCAUUAUCAACCGUGUCCUACCUCAGUCUCAAGUGGACUUUAUCAGACACCUACGUCGGCACCUUUCCACUACAGCACACCCCUGAGCUUCUGGGAGGAUAGUCUCUCACAGCACAAGGCUGCCAUAAAGGGAGGAGGAGGAGGAUGCAGGAAACAAGCGCUAGGCCUGUGCCUUUCAUGUUUACUUAAAUGCUGCUACAGCCAAGGUGGCAUUACAACUGGAGAGCAGCUGAAAAGCAAAAUUCUGAUCCUGGCAUGAAACACCCCAAAGCUUGGAGGGUGUUCAGCUGUGGCACAUGGGCUGCACCCAUUGUAGGGCUAGGGCCUAUAGGGAUGGUUUGGGCUUCUCUCUACUUACGUCUUUCUCCACCACUUUUCUGCCCAGAGCUGAACUGGGCAGUGACCCCAGCAACAUACAAGUUGUGUUCCAGGUAGCUUGUAACACUAACAGGAGCUCAGUUAGUGGGCUGCUGUGCUGUGUUCGGAAGUGAGCGGAUGACACUGAAAUAAUCUCUGCUCAUUAGCACUUCUUUAGCUCAAAUGACAAGGCACUUGCCUAGAGAGCCUAAGGAUUACCCCUAACUGAGCUCACCACUUCCUGCACUAGAACAGUAAUAUGGUGUCUGGCUCCCUCUAGUGGUAUGUCACCUCCUACCAGAGGACCUACAAGGUAUUUCAUACUUUUUCAUAUUGACUUCUGUUUGACAUUUAUGAAGCAGAGUUUCUUUCUCUGCUUUAGUCUGUUGUCAGUUUCAUCUGACAUUGAAAACUUGGGUGCUGUUGUUUGGCUUGAAGUGGUCAGUCACCUUUUCUUUAGAAAGUCUAAACUGUUUUAUUUUUCUCUAAUUUGAUGGUACUGGAUAUAAAGAGGGACGCUUCAGUCCCCAGAGCCCUAGGCCCUGUCUUGACUGGCAGAAAGGGUGUGUUUUUCAAACAUGUUAGCCGGUGUCUUGAUGGAGCUUUCCAGUCUUAUUAAGCUAACGCAUUUGAAGCCAUGUUGGCAGGCUGUGCGUUAGCCAAGGAUGUAGCCUAGGUUAAAACAGGGCCAGGUAACAUGGCUUCGAAUGGUUGAGCCUAGGUCUUGGUGGGGCUCUCCAAACAUGCUAAGCCACGUUGAAUGAGGUAACACGCUUUUUGUCCAUCAAGGCAGAGCCCUGACAAUUAAACUAUACAGAGAACAGGGAUGGAAUUGCAGUGAGUUACGAAUACACUUGGAUUCCAUCCAGGGAUUCCAGUAACAUUCUAAUCUGUGAGUAGAGGUCAUGAUCUGGCCAUGAGAUGGGAUUUCCUGGUGGUUGCAUUGCUACACAUUUACAACUAGGAUAAACCACACUUACUACUCCAAAUUUGUAGCUUAAAACCACUGGGAGCAAUUUCUCUGGCCCUUUAACCAGCAUGGCCUUCUUAAAAAUGGGAUGUUUGUUUGAAUGAAUCCAUCCCCAUUUUGCUCACCGAACAGAUGGCCGCAUGUCUCACUGCACAGAAACUAUGAAACAUAAUUAAAACCAAACACUGCAAUAGUGGGUCAGACUGCAUGAACCAAGCAGGCUCAUCUGGUUUUUAUGAAAUGUAGUUAUUGCAGCCGUUUCAGUGUGCUUGCUAAUUUAUAAGUGCAUAUGUUUGUGUGUUUCUUGGGCCACUCUCAUUUACUGAAUAGAAACACUGCCAAAAUGUCUCUAAGAUUUCAUGGGACCCAGCCAGGUGUGUGUCUGUAUGGGAUUUGUUGAAGUUAAAUAAAGAAAUGAAAUACU